AUGUCCUGCUACGACCUCUGUGCCCCCACAUCCUGCGGCCCCACCCCGCUGGCCAACAGCUGCAACGAGCCCUGCGUGCGCCAGUGCCAGGACUCCACCUACGUGAUCCAACCCUCGCCCGUGGUGGUCACCCUGCCAGGACCUAUCCUCAGCUCCUUCCCCCAGAACACCGCCGUGGGAUCCUCGGCGUCCGCGGCCGUCGGGGAUGUUCUGAGCGCCGGGGGUGUCCCCAUCUCCUCGGGCAACUCCUCAGGGCUCAGUGCUUUGGGGUCCUCUGCUUUGGGGGGGCUUUAUGGCCGGUCCUACCGGCGCUCCAACCGCUGCGGGCCCUGAGGAGGCGCCGGGGAAGGAAGGAGCAGGAGAUGGAGAAGCGCGAUUCGGAUUCAGGACUGAGCCCGUGCCCUCUCGCUUGCUGACCCUCUGCCCCGAUCUCACUGGGCUUGGCCUUGUCAUUCGAUGCCUUUCUGUGCUGGCAGGGAGGUGAAAAACGCCCCUCGAUUGUCGCUGGGUGUCCAGCUGUAAAGCGCUGCCUUGAAAAAUGGGUGAUCGCUUUUAAUCCGUGUUCAGCCCUUCUGCUUUUGUACGCUGUGUUGUUUUUUUUUUUUUUAA